CUCAAUUGUGAGUGGAAGUUCCUCAGAAGCCUUAUCAGAUACUCUUCUCGGCAGGGACAGCCAAGUAUCCCUGAUACGGUGUCCUAUUUACGGUCCAUGAUGAUGAUCAGUUGACCUGUCAAGCUGUCACUGUGACAUAUAUAAACUGAUCAAACGGGUCAGGGACUCUUAUCCUCCAACUUGCAUCUAAUCAUCAUCCUCUACUCAUUCACCAUGCCCGUAUGCAAUGCCUUCUCCAGCGCUCUCGCCAAAAAGGGCAUGAACGCACAGCAGCUCGCUAUCGCAACUCAGAGCGACCAAGGCCGCAUAUCCCAGAUUUGCGCGGGCACCGUGACCCCCACGAGCGCGGAAUACAGCAAGAUUGCAUCUGCGUUGGGCUUGAGCAGCGUCCCUGCUAGUCACCCUUAGCUUUGAACCUUUUUUACUCGAGUGAAUAUGUAGUCUAUGUAUCAAUAACCUAUGGAAUGAUAUGCUGGACGAGAUAAUGAUUGCGAUACGACGAGCACGGCGACUUGAUGUCCUAAUCGAGCACAGCCUACCCUAUCAGAUUCGUAUCAAAGAUAGAAGCGGACUUGCGAC